AGUCGGUAUAUUUACAGGGACGCUUUAGGCAAACCCAGUCACUCGAAGCGAAGCCGCAGAACACAAGCAUAAGAACCAGGGAAAGAAUAGUCGAUAUUUCGAAAUGUGAAUAUCUGGUCAGUCUUUGUAGACAAAAUACUGUGCGUAUUACUUAUAGGUGUUGGUAUAGUACUAAUAUGCUCGAGUGAUUGCAUAGACGUUUGUAUUAAAGGAGGUUUUUGGGACUAUACGAUGCAUGAAAUAUAUCCGCGUAUAUAUGCGUUUAUAUAUGUUUCCGUUUUGACAGGAAAUAUAUAGCAUAGAAUAAACAACUUUAUUUAAAGUACGACUUCUUGACGGAUUUCAAAGAGACAGCGAAACCGACCGUUGCCCUUUUAUUUAUUCCAUUUAUUACGGUAUUGUAUAGCCUACCCCCUGGAGUGAAAAUGUUGCAACAGAUAUUACGCGACAUGUACGUGGACCCAGACAUUUUGGCCGAGCUGCCGGAGGAACAAAAAGAAAUCUUGUUUUUUAAAAUACGAGAGGAACAGGUACGCCGCUACAAUGAAAGGGAAAAGGAAAACAAACCUCCAGUAAAACAACGAAAAACCAAACCUGGAAAACAAGUUCGAAUAAUGGAAGACAUUAACGGCGAACCAUUGACACACGUUUUCGGUGAGAAUGGAGAAAUGACAGCCGAGGAAAGAUGGGAAAGAUACACGGAUGAACGAAUGAAAGCUGCCGUGUUCGCUGUGAUGAAAGAAGAAACAGAUCAAGCUCUCCGAGGUGCCCAGGUCCUCAGAAACAGAGCAAACUCUGGGGGCAAAGAAAACAAAAUAACAGCAAACUCAAGAGUAAAACUUGUCACAGCAAAAUUGAAUAGUAACUCUGACCGUAACCCCCCAAUGACAAGUACAUUGGCUUCAACUACAGCAGCAAAAAGGGCUGAUUUUGCCUACGUCAAAUCUAAUCAAGUUGAGAACCAUAAACCUGUAGUCACAACACACCAAUCGGUGCCUAGAAUUUCACCAGUGGCAAGAAGGAAAGAGGCGAAAAACAGGGGAAAACUUGCAGGAUAUGAAGUUGUACGAAACCCGAUACUCGUAGACACUACAGUGCCAACCACUAGCACCGAAACACCUACACAUAUUAACACACUGAGACCCAAGACCCCUCCAAAAGUAGCCACACCAAAAACGAGCCCCAAAGAUGAAAGAAAACAACCCAAGUCACCUAAAGGCCAACGCUCGGUGGAAAAAGAAACCGAGAAUAUAUACGAAAGCGUAGAUGACGUCACUAAACCUCAGGUCGACUUGGUUUCGAAUGAAGAAUGGAAUCAACAGCUUCGGAGGUUUAAGGAAGAAGACGAAAAAAGGAAAAUACGAGCAAGGAGAGCCAGCAUCGAAGUAAAGAGACAAUCUCUUAUCGCAGUUAAUCGAAACAAGUCCAAGAUAAAAUCUCUAAGACAGAAAUUCGCAAAAUUAGGUUCAUUUGAUAACGAAAAAGAAUCGAAACUGGAGAAGCCAACUCUUCCACCUAAACUUGCUGUAAUAGAUACCGUGGUACCCCCUAUUACUUCGCUACGGGCAAGAAGUCCAGUGGUAACCAGCAGGCUAUCAACAACCGGUAAACCAAACAGUCGAAAUGACGUCAAACGCUGGUUCGAAGACAAGCAAACGUCAGCCUUCGUAGACGACCGUGGUGACGUCAUUAUACCCACGUGGUUUCACGGUAUCAUUUCGAGAAGCGACGCCGAGUCACUCCUGUGUUCAAGGCCAGAACGAGAUUUUCUCAUACGCCUUAGCGACAAGAUAUGGGGAUAUGCGCUCAGUUACAAAGCUGAGGACAGAGUUAAACAUUUCUUGAUCGAUGCUUCAGAAGGAAGUUACCAUUUCUUCGGCAACGAUCAAAUUAGACACGAAAGUCUCGCCGAACUAGUCGAAUACCACAAGGAGGAAGACAUAACAUACAACGGUGAAAUCCUAGGCCGAGCUGUGGGACAACGUAAUCCGUCCAAACCAGAUUAUUCUGACUUGGAAUUUCAAAAUACUAGAUUGUGAGGACUUCGGAACAAGAUUUAACCACCUCGCACAUUUAGGGUUAACUAUUGAUGUCCUAUGUCCACAUAUCACUGCAGAAAUACUGAACAAACAUGGCAUCAAAGCCAGUUUAUGUUUAUCCACUUUUAUCACAAUGCAGACGCCUAUUAGUCGACCCGCCCGUUUUCUUUGUGCAAUUUCGAAUAUCAUCUAUGCAAAUAAUGAUGCGUAUGUAAUUAGCAAGCAGACAUAUGUUGAACCGGUGCUUUGGCGUUAAUUAUAUUUUAAAACAUCUUCUAUAUAAGCGUGUAUACGUUAAAGCCAUCUUUCGAUUCUGCGUUUCUGGAGAAUGCUAAGAAUAAUAAAGUACAAUGAAGUAUGGCA